AUGCAGUCCAACGCACCACCUGCACCGCUGGUCGGUCGCCGUGAUUCCACCAAAGCGUCCGACAGCAUGCGUGUCAGCCCCGCAUCGAACACAAAUGGCCCAGACCCUCGUCCCAGAACCCAGGGUCACCAGAGACUCAUCUUCACCGACCCGGUUGCCCUCCGAUACCUCGAAGAAGAUCCUUCCACCGAUGUGCUGCAGCGCCGCGAGACCCUGCAAGGAUACGAAAUAUAUAUUGUGGAACAAUGGGCCUGCUCGCGACAGCAUCCUACCUUUGUCAUCUCGACCUACACCGGGGAUCCAUCACAUACAGUGGUCGUGGGAGUGCUCAGUGUCCCGACGGACGAGUCAACAUGGUCGCCUCGGUUGCGGAUGUACUUUGACGCUGUGGAGCAAUCCUGCGCGCGGAGGAAAGAGACACCGCUAGGGACGAUCAUGGUCACGGACUUGGGAACAUUCCCGUCAGCCUUGACCAUCAUUCCGGUGCCAGAGGGUGACAUCAAGAAACAUCGAGACGACUUUAUUGUCAACGAGGACUUAAAACGGCUUGGGUGCGCUGGUCGCGCGGGCCUGAAACUGCAACCCCCGUCGGCAGCCACAGAAGCCAAGUUUCAUCAGCUGUAUCGCACGAGUGAGCGAGUCACAUUCUAUACCGCGGUCACUGAGCUGGUCAAGCAGUGCCAAAUUGCGUUGAUGGUGUUCGACAAGUUGGCCCCCGAGUACGUGGAUGGUCUACUCUGUGAUGUGACGGAGAAGGCUAUCAGUGACUGGUGGGCAGAUAUCGGAACCGACUUGUACAACAUUGAACCGAGUGAUGGCGUGUUGGGACCAACUAGUGUCGCAGCGUUGCUGGGGACGCUUUUGGGAGCCCGCAAUCGACUACAUGCCUACGGCGCACCCGUAGGCAAGGACGCCUUUGACAUCGUUAACCUUAAGAGGGGUAUCGGUGGGUUUCAAAAGGCGCAAAAGAUGAACCGUUCCCGCCGACUGGACCGGCGAACCUUGGACAGAUUGCACCGUGCGACCACCAAAGCUGCAAAUGCAGAAGGGUGGACGGACGCGAUCAAGUCGACCAUGACGGAACUCAGUGGACAAGGUGGUGAAAUGGUCAUGGGUAUGGUGCGCGGCCGCGAAAAGGGCGGAAUUGCAGAUAUCGAGACCCUCGACCUCGAUAACUUUGUCCAGUGCGUCUACGGUUCCAGGGCUAAAUGGCUGUGGCUUGGAAAGACACGCAAAAGCGGCCUAGAUCCUACCCUUGGCUCCGGCACCGAUAUGAUGUUUACGGCUGAUGACCAGGGCGGGUAUGUCUGGACGAGUCGGAAAAAGCACUCCACGGAAGAGUUGCAUGCUGAGCGUGUGGCUUCUGGACUUGAUCGACAAUGGAAAGCACCAGACUCGUUGGUUACGGAGGAGAGAGACCAACGCAAAAAGGGUGUUAGCGGUAGAGUCUCGGAUGCCCGGGCUGGUCUCGGUCGAUUUAAGGAUGCAGUCGGGCUGCCAGGCUUGCGUUCACAUCACCAAAAACAUUCUCGCGAAGGAGUGGAUGUGACCCAUGAUAUUGCGUAUCAGCCUCAGAUUGACAGCGAUACGGAGACAUCUGCCCAGAAAUCCAAGAAUGGCUCUGGACGAUCGGAAGCAAAGACGGGAGAAGAGUUUGUAACUCGACCAGAGGACGAGCAGAAUGUCCAACCUCCCACCACGGUCGAACCCGGCACCGAGGUCAAGCCUCCUGAAAUUCACGUCGAGACCGUCCCGUCUACAGAGGACACGGAGGAGCAGUCGGAACGAGCAGACCAAUUAUCAGACCUGCAACCGAUCCCAACGAUAGAGGAGGAAUCGGAUAUAGAACGCGUCAGGACCCGGUCUACCGCUGCAUCCAGUGAACGAGGACAAGAAAGAGAAGAUCCUAGCUCAAACUUGGCUAUGAUGGCUCUUCGCCGCCCGCAAAGUUGCGAAGAACUCCGAGCCAUUGACAACGAAGACCAACGACGUGAUGAUUCUUGCCCGCGGCAUUUGUCCUUUAGCAAUGUCGAAGAAGUCGUACUCACCUGGGACCCGCUGGGCACGCAACCAAGGAUUAAAGACACGACGAACCUCGAAGAAGCCAUUGUCCAAGAAGACAUGCUUUCAUCCGACGCGCGAAUUUUCAGCGCACGCAUCUUGGAGCUUAGCGAACAUACCGUCCCAUGGGUCGAGCGCCAGGUGGAUUCCGUCGAUGGAUUGAACAACAUCCUGUACGAGCGCCACGAAGAGCUCAACGCCGUAUACCUAGAACGAUUCGGCGAUUACCAGCGGCUACGCGAACGAUCUAGCGACCUCGUUACCGACGAACACGCCCAUCUCAGCGAUACCAUGAAGCGCGUGGAAUUGCUAGGCGCCAAACUAGACUAUGAGCUCCACGUCCUCGAGUCCAAGGUCGAAGACAUGGAAGAAGGCCUCAGUGAUUUCGAGCGUCAUAUCGUGAAUGUGGAAACCCGGAUCAAGGGCUUACUCCAGGGCGAAGAGGAACAUGGCAUUUCUUGGAUGACUUGGUUACGGCGGUCUAUUGGCUUUACGGCGCAGUGA